UCCAGCUUUGCGCAGAUGGCCAAAGUGUCCAAACCGGACUGUGAAUGUGCUCACACGCGGCCACAGGAUGACAACAUGAGAGCAGAUUAGUCAUUUAACAAUUCACCCUCUGCUUUGUUUUACUGAGUGUAACAGUGAAAGUCAAAGUAGUGAAACACCCAGCGCAGGAGCACUUGGCUACAUGUGAAUGUCUGCCGGUCUCCCAGCGCACUGCGCUGGUGAUGCCAUGCCGCGAAGUUACACCGGCGACGAGAGCAGCGGCACCGGGCUCUGGCUCAAGACCUCGACAGGACGCCGGGUGCAGGACUACGCGCUGAAAGAUGUGGAGUCUGGGCGGAGGACGAUGAAUAACGCGGUGCGGGUCGGGGACGGUCUCCUGUCUCCCGCCACGGCAGGUGCGGUGGGGUCGGAGAGGAAGCAGGGUGCCCGGCUCAGCCUGCUGGGGAAGCCGCUGACCUACAGCGCGCAGAGCGGCCGCAGGAACGCGCGGUACCGGCGGCUCCAGAAUUACCUCUACAACGUGUUGGAGAGACCGAGGGAAUGGGCUUUUGUCUACCACGCUUUUGUGUUCAUCCUGGUGUUCGGAUGUCUGGUUCUCUCAGUAUUUUCUACAAUCCCUGCUCACCAGGAAUUCUCUGCACACUGCCUGCUCAUCCUGGAGUUUGUGAUGAUUGUAGUGUUUGGUCUGGAGUACAUCAUCAGGAUAUGGAGUGCUGGCUGCUGCUGUCGCUACCGAGGCUGGCAGGGACGCCUCCGCUUCGCCAGGAAACCGUUCUGUGUCAUAGACAUCAUCGUACUCAUCGCCUCGGUUGCCGUGGUUUCAGCCGGUAGCCAGGGUAACAUCUUUGCCACCUCUGCGCUGCGUAGCCUCCGUUUCCUGCAGAUCCUGCGCAUGGUGCGCAUGGACCGCAGGGGAGGGACCUGGAAGCUGCUGGGAUCUGUAGUGUAUGCACAUAGCAAGGAGCUGGUAACUGCGUGGUACAUCGGGUUCCUGGUGCUAAUCUUCUCCUCCUUCUUGGUUUAUCUGGUGGAGAAAGAAUUCAAUAAGGAGUUCGCCACCUACGCCGACGCUCUGUGGUGGGGCACGAUCACCCUGACAACUAUUGGCUACGGCGACAAGACUCCGCAGACGUGGACAGGACGGUUAUUAUCAGCCGGUUUUGCUCUGCUGGGGAUCUCCUUCUUCGCUCUGCCAGCUGGCAUCCUUGGGUCAGGUUUUGCCCUGAAGGUGCAGGAGCAGCAUCGACAGAAGCACUUUGAAAAGAGGAGGAACCCAGCUGCGAGCCUCAUCCAGUGUGUCUGGCGUAGUUAUGCUGCUGAUGAGAACUCGGUUUCCAUUGCUACCUGGAAGCCUCAUUUGAAGGCGUUGCAUACCUGCAGCCCCGCCAAGAAAGAGCAGGGCGAGACUACUUACAGUAAGGGUCUAAGUAAUGGGAGGCUCUUCAGAAGGUACACUCGGAAGUAUAGGAGUCAGAAGUUGAGUUUUAAGGAUCGGGUCCGGAUGGCGAGCCCCCGUGGUCAGAGCAUGAAGAGCAGGCAGACGUCCAUCAACGACCGCCAACGCUCUUCCCCUGGCAACGAGGUGGUAGGAGGCCCCGAGCUGAUGGGAGGGAGCCCGGCCAAAGUGCAGAAGAGCUGGAGCUUCAACGAUCGGACACGGUUCAGGCCGUCACUGAGGCUGAAGAGCCAGACUCGCACUGCUGUCCCAGAUGUGGACACAGGCAUGACCACGGAGGAUUCCUUUGAUGAGAGAGGCUGCCAUUGUGAUGUUACAGUGGAGGAUCUAUCAGCUCCCCUCAAGGCUGUCAUCAGAGCUGUCAGGAUCAUGAAGUUCCAUGUGGCAAAAAAGAAGUUUAAGGAGACAUUGCGUCCGUACGAUGUGAAGGACGUCAUAGAGCAGUACUCUGCAGGACACCUCGACAUGCUCUGUCGCAUCAAGAGCCUUCAGACGAGACUAGACACUGUAGUGGGUCCCCCUCCGAGGCCGUUCAGCAGCCGCCACAAGACCUUUUCUUCUCCCUCCCUGCAUUUAUAUUACAGCCAGGCCCGGAGGAAACAGUCUGCACCGGGACUGGCCAGUGCAGUGGGCUCUGGUCCCAGCCUGAGUAGCCGACCCAGGAACAUGUCCUCUCCUGCCCUGCACUAUUAUUACAGCAGCAACAGGAAGAAGCUCUCUGGCUCAGGGGUGGAUCAGAUUCUGGGAAAAGGCCAGAUCCCUGUGGAUAAGAAGAUGAGGGACAAACUGCAUCCAGAUGGAGACUCUCUGGAGGGCAUGAGCAUGCUGGGACGUGUGUGUAAGGUGGAGAGACAGGUAACUUCCAUUGAAUCAAAGUUGGACUCUUUGCUGGACGUUUACCGCCAAGUGCUACAGAAAGGCCCCACAGCACUCACCCUCUCCUCCUUGCCCCUGUUCGAGCUGGACAACCACCACAACUCGGACUACCAGUCCUCCAUCAUCGGCAGGGAUCUUCCCUCUCCUCAGGGAGGUGAUCCAGGUGGAGGCGGAGGAGACAACAAUGGGGGAAUCGGCCGUUCUCUCUGCUCCAACCCGAGAGGCCUGCGGCUUAUCCUGGCACCUGCUGAUGAUGACUGCCCCCCUGACUCAGCACCUCCAUCUUACCCCCCAUCCACAGCCUCGCUCUCCCCAUCACCCCUGCUGCCUCCUGAUAGCCCCUACCCGACCUUGGUCACCCCCAACGGUACCUCCAAAAGAGCACACUUCCCUGACCUGCCACCUCCACCUCCUUCAACAGGAGGUUUCACCCUCCGCCUGCCCCCAAUGUUGCAUCCCUCCCACCUGCGGUGCUCCGCUGACCCCGUCCCAGAUGAAAUGACAGAUGAAGUCUCGGUAGAUGAGGGGAGCCUGGGCCCCUCUGUUGUUGUGGGAUCCAGUGUAGAUGCUGACCAGGAAGGGGACAGUGAGGCAGCCCCUGCCCAGGGAGGGGUGCAGCUGCGGGAGAAGUCUGGCUUGAAAUCUGAGGGGGUCUGGAGGAGGCACAUGAGCCUGGAGGUUAACCCCCUGCUGCUGCUCUCGUCCAGCCCGGACGAGAGGCCUUCAGACUGGGGAGGCAGUCUCGGGAAAUCCCUCUCCGUGCACAAUCUCAGCCAGCCUUUGACCAACCGUGCCCCCGGUCUCUCCUCUGCGCUCAACAACAGCAGCAGCAACGGUAGCAAACGUGGCAACGCCCACGGUGACCUUAGCAACUGGGACGGAACAGAACUCUUCAUUAGUGAGUGCAAGCUAGAGCCAGCAGAAGAACAUUUCAACUACCUGUCCCAGGGACCCGACAGCAGCCCCUCAGACCUUUUACAGACUGUGGAGGAGGCUGCACCACGCCCUGACUUUCUCAGUCAGUCCCCACAUAUACAGCUGGCAUAACCACAUUAACACACACACACACACACCUGCAUACUGUAUGUACACGACAUUGUCGGGGAAUACUUUUAAAGUAUUUUUACAGGACACUAUACAGAUUAUGUUGCAAAUGUCCAAACAAUGCCUUGUAUAUGGACAUACAAUAUUUUUAUAUUUUGUCUAACAUGAUUAUUCCCACUUUCAUAAAGAUUUUAUGAGUUAUUUGCUUUUUACAGGGUACUGAAAUCACCAUAAAGAAUAGUAAUGGAGGUAUAAGAUAUGUAUGAAAGUGGGCAUAGUCAUCUAAGACAAAAUACACAAAUAAUGUUCCUUUAAGAGAAAUCACUCUGGUCUUUACUAAAGAUACUCAGAAAUUUUAUUAACUUUAUACAACAAAAAAGGUUUUUCAUAUACAAGAUCAUAUAUUAAUAAAAAAGGAUGUUAAUAACCUUUUAAUUUUGUUUAAAAUAAAGAACAAGGAAGGAAUGUUAACUGAUUUCUGAGCCUGCAGUCUGACACCUGCCUACUAGGAAUUAAAGUGUAGAGGCAAAAUAAUGUGGUCCACCACAGUAAGUGUCUGUGAGUAAUGUAAGCUUUCUUGUCCAUGCAAUUUCCAUCAGUCUGAACUGAAACAAGCAGGAGUGUUUGUUGUAGAAAGUAAAGCAUAAUUUAAUCUGCCUUGUGGCAACCUUGACAAUUAAAUGAGUGAAUAAAACCAGAAGGAAAUACUGUAUGUCUCACAGCUAAAAGUCAAGAGUAGAGUUGAACUCACAGAAGCCACUGGAAACUAUAGGUCAACCACUUCUUUCUUAACAUGCGGUGAAACCACUACAUACACAGGUACAUGCACACACAUACAACCACAACCACAACCACAGGAUACUCCAGCCAACUUGACGAAGAGCUGUGACUGACUAAUGACUUUAUUUUUCAUACAAGUGCUUGUAUUCAGAGACUUUGUUGGAAGACAAGAGGAGUCACUCGCUCUUCUUACUCAGCGUCUGUCUUUGGCAAUGUAAAAUGUCAUCUUUUACUUACGCUUUCAUACAUAUCACUGCAUGGACUGUUUCCAAAAACAAAUGAAUGAAAGGAGAAUAAUGGGUGAGGCCUGGUGGGGUGGGAAUAGCUGGAUUACAAAAAAAGGGCCAAAGGUCGAACCCUCCGCAUGUAUUCAGACCACAAGCAUCACAUUCUGUUCAUUUUCUACAACCACAGAAACGUUAGUCAAUGUUUAUACGGUUGCUCAGUUUCAUCUGUCAGCAAGUUGUCAGUGAAUUUGGAUGCAGCAAACCUUUUGGGGAAAAAUGGCCUAUCAGCAAUCACUCAAGAUGAAGGGCUGCUGGACCAUGUCCCAUUUGGUUUGGACAGUAGCCUGGUGAGUUAGUUGCUUACGGUCUGGAUGCUGAAAUGCCGCAGGCUUAUCGAGUGGGCUCUCUCAGCCAAGCAUGACAUGCUGCAUGUCUCAGCUGUUGCAGUACUUACAGUGAAGAGCAGUCACACACUUGCUGGUGGCCUGGAUGUCCCUCUGCAUGUUAAAAAAAUGUUUCCUCCAAAAUCUUGAACGAAAAAGUUUGAGCAAAGUCUGCCUAUAUGAACAUUAUUAUAUACUAAUUUGAACUAAUUUGAAAGUAGUGAUAUAGAUAACCCACUUCCUGUUACAAUUUAGAACAAACAUACAACCUUUAAAGGUCUUUAGAUUUUUUUUGACAAACCCUGUCUUUUUACUGGGUGCUGGUUGCACCAUGUGCAUUAAUAAUGAUGCUGGACUGAGCAUAUUCCCUCCUCCUAGUCUAAAGCAACAUGGGAUGUAGUGUGUUGUUACAGGGCAACAUGUACAUAGCAGGUUAUUUUGCACCCAUGAAAACAACAUACAGCACAUGCACUGUUGUUGAUCCAGUAUGCAUGUUGCUACUUUAUCCGUGUGUCCGUUCUGCUGCUGACGAUGUCAGAAAAAUUUGAUAUAUUCACUUAAAAAACAGGAGCGAGAGGGAGUGAGAUGAGAAAACCGUGCCCUGUAAUCUCAAUAUAAAAUCCUAAUAGAUAUUUUCUGUGCACUCAGCUGGUGCUCUGAUCCAGAGCAAUGUGCUUAUAAGAAAACCUUGGCAGGAGACUAACUGGAUGAGCCAGGAUCUCAGAUUAAAAUGUGGUUUUUGUGUUAACCUCUUUUACAUCUUCUGCUGCACCCAAAAAAAAACAUAUUUCCCAGGAUUUUAAAUAUGCACACGUCCUCCUCACCACAUCAAACAUGAUUAUAAUAUUUAACCAUGUAGGGUCAUUGUAAUAAGCUUUAAAAUCGAGUGCACACAUUUGUAUUUUGGUGCAUUCAGUCCAUGUUCAGAUUUCACUUGCAGGCGUAUGGGAAAAUGGUGUGCUGCAAGUUCCUUGAAUGACACUGUCCUUACACUACACUUGAUAGUUUUCACUGCCAUCCUGCUUGUUGACUGUUCUUGAGUGAGAAUUAUGCACAAAAAUACGUCAGCCAUCUUAAUUUUAUGUCAGCCAUUUUGAUUUGUUGUUGCAUGUUUACGUCUUAAAGGGGUACGCCGUCACAGCAGUCUUAAAAAUGUAUUUUAACGUGUUAACGACAACCUUUAUUCAUCAUUGUUUUUCAGUUUUAUUCCCUUUGUUUUGAAUGGUAAGUGCAAAUUUACUUAGCAAAUAAAUUAACACUCUGUAGAAGAACAUAACAAGUAUUAUCUCCUAACAAGUGACAAUUGUAAACACGUGUAGAUUGAUUUUGAAAUAUUAUACAGCCCAUGCAGGAGGUGAUGAGCUAUAUGAUCAACGUGAAAGCACAGUUGUUUUUUGGUGAGUUUGAGGAGCCUGAAAAUGUGACAUGGUAGUUUAAUGCUUAAUAUUGGAAUAGAUUUGUUGUAGUUGUUGAUUGAGUUUUGAUACAUAUGAAAAGAGGCCAACCAAAACUGUCAGUUACUGUGGAGCAAGAUAUCGGACACGAGAGAAGCUCAAGGACUCAGCCAGUCGGGGGAAGGGAUUGAUUAUCUCCCACAUAAAACAUGCUCAUUUUUGCAAUCUGUAAAUUGCUUAAGGGUGCCUUUCUUGCAUAUGAAAAGUCUUCAUUUUUUUCUUUGCAGGGCUACAAAGGUCCUGUUUGCCUAUAGCCUAUAUCAUACUGUAUAGUUGAAGUCAAACUGCUCAUUUUGAGUUGGGCAUCCAGUUCACUUAAGUCAUGUAGCUUUAGCCACAGACUUUAUACGGCUUUGAUGGAUAAUAAUACCAUUUCUCUACUGCUUGAACAGUAAUUUAUUACACAACCGGGCCUUAAAGCUUGACAAUGUUAACAUUAUUAUUUCUUUGAAAUUAAUUUAUUAAAGUGCACAUUAUGUUCUCUGGAUGAGAAAUGCAAAAAUAAUUUUAUUAUUCAUUAAUAAAGUACAAAUUAACUAAA